AUCAAUGGUGAGAUUUGGUUUCAAAAGGGUUGGAAAACUUUUACUCAAAAUUACUCUCUUCAACAUGGUUGUUUGGUAGUCUUUAAAUAUAAAAAAGGAAGUUCAGAGUUAGAUGUAAUCAUACUUGGCCUGCAUGCAGUAGAAAUUGACUAUGAUGACAAUCUUGAUGAUAGCGAUGAUGAAUCAGUUGAGAUUUUGAAUGAAUGGCUUAAUAGGAAGAAGCUUAGACAGAAGUCACCAUUAAUUUCUCUUAGACCACAUAAAAAAGUGAGAGGUGAGAUUGAGAAAAAUAGUCAAAGAAGUACAUCAUUGAAUAGGCCAAAGGAAUCUAGAGCUCGGGAAGUUGCUGAAGAAUUUAUCUCAACCAAUCCCUUUUUCACAAUUUUGAUCAAGCCUGCUAAUCUGGCAGCAAAUCGGCUGAGUGUACCGAUUUUAAAAGGGGUUAUUGAGAACAGGAAGACGAAUGUGAUGCUGCAGAUUGGUGAAAGAUCAUGGCAUCUGAAAUUGCUUCCUUGUUACAAUGGUAAAAAGGACCGUCGCCUUUCGGCUGGUUGGUCCUUGUUUGCAAGGGAAAGUGGACUGAAACCAGGAGAUGUAUGCAUCUUUGAACUGAUAAACAAGGAAGAUUUAGUUUUUAAAGUUCAUGUUUUUUAAAAGGAUUGUUAGUGUAUCAGUAUCUGUGUGAAGAUGUUAUUUUGAGUGAAGAGAAGUAACCUUCAGCUUUUGUUGAAGAUGUUAUCUGUGUGAGGGUACCGGAUUUCAACGGGGUUAUUGAGAACAAGAACAAGAAUGUGAAGCUGCAGGUUGGUGAAAGAUCAUGGAAUCUGAAAUUGCUUCGUUCUUACAAUGAUAAAACUAAUGUCGCUUUUUGGCUGGUUGGUCCACGUUUGUAAGGAAAAGUGGACUGAAAGUAGGAGAUGUUUGUGUGUUUGAACCGAUAAACAAGGAAGAUUUAGUUUUUAAAGUUCAUAUUUUCUGAACAGAAGGUUAAUAUAAUAUAUCUGUUGAAGUUGUUGUU